AUGUCCGUCGACACCUGUCAUUCGCCCCAUCAGUCUUUUAAUAACCUAUCUUCUUAUUUUUGUACUUCUUCGAGUAUCAUCUUCGCCUCAUUCACUAUUUUUAUCGUCGUAACGAGGUCGCCAACUUCGCUCAAGCUUUAUCAGCUGAUUUUGAUCCAGUACUUGAUAUGGUGAGCUUUUUGCUAAAUUAGGAUCGAUUUUGAGUUAUAUAAACUAUUCAAAGCCUAUAAAUGAAGUUUUAAAGGGGCCAAAGCCCUUUUUGGUUUUCGAAUGUCUCAAAAAGUGGUCUUAACCAAUUUUGAUCCAUUUGAUAUGGUGAGCCUCUUAGCUUCUUCAAACUUUUUUAAAAAACUGUUGAUACUCAUUUUUAAAGGCACAUGGAGGGGUCGCUAAAAAGCUUCGAAAAGAGCUGUUUUAUAAGGUUUCAAUCCAUUAAUCUGUACGAUUAGCUUUUUUCGAAAUCCAGGAAAUAUUUUGAAUCAUUUCUUCCUACAAAUUUAUCCAAAAAAAUCUCGAUUUGCAAUGAAUUAUUUGUGCUAGUCUUCCUCAAUUUCUAAAAAAUUCCAGGACCACGAUAUUCUCUUUAUCCUACACAUUCAACGGAAAGCUCGACUUCUACAGCGAAUAUAUGGUUUUUCUGAAAGAACCAUUUAUGGAUAAGGUUCCGAUAAGUCCCCGAUUUUGUUAUGUACUUCUUUGGAUACCAGGAAACGGUUAGUUGGGCCUCUAACAAGAAAAAAUGACCUUUUUUGCUGUUGGGAAUUUUCUGAAAAUGGGCCAGAGUCUUUGAUGUGCCAGAUUAAGAUCCUAAAAUUUUCAAGUUGCACAACUGCCUAAUCUUCCAGAAAAAAAGCUCAAAGCCAAAAAAAAAGACUUAUUUUAGUAGAUUUCGAUUUUUCUCCUCGACUUUGAAAAUUCAGAACUUUCGCAGGUUGAGAUUUUAGAAACUUCCUCUGGUAUAUGAAGGAUUAAUUUGGCCGAAUUUCAGGGAAUUUCAGUUUUCAAAGUGUAUUGCAUUUUUUGUAAGCUUCCUAAAAUUGAAAAAGAAAUAUAAUUCAGCGCUAUUGGUUUCUUUGAUAAGCCUAUUCGAAUGUCGGCACCAUGAAGUCCUACCCCUAGGCCAUUGGAUGAAGCUUUCGAGUCGAAAUCGGAUAGCCUUUCGAACUAUUGUUUUCUUAUAUUACUUACUGAGUGGGGUUCCGGCUUUUUUAUUGGGCGGUGAGCCGACUGAGGCCUUCAAAAGGGUGAGAACUUUUUUAUUUUCCGAAAAAAGGAGGGCUUGGCUAAAAUUGGAAAUUUCUCCAAAAGUGCUAAGAGUGGAAAAAGUUUUCAUAACUAUAGUCUGUGUGCCACGACUUGAAAUUUCACCGAACGACAUUCCGCUGUUCCGCUGCGUCGCGAAGCGUCUUUGCGAGCCUCGGUCUCGCUUUUAAUUGGUUCUUAUUUCUGAUAGAUGGACUGUUCCCCUAGGAACACGUUUUGGUCGAGUUCUUAAACAGAAUGAAAAAUUAAAAGCGCGCAAAGGCACGCAGCGGAACAGCGGAAAGUCUUUCGGUGAAAUUCCAAGUCGUGGUACACAGACUAUAAUUAAUCAUAAAUUUGAAAAAAAUCAAAAAAAUUUUUCAGCCUGAAAAUAAUAUACUCCACCCAAUGCUAGAAUGUUCAUAGGAAAAAUAGGUUUCUCUAAACUCUCUUGCUUCCGCUCACUAUCUCGCGUGUAAUUUCAGAAAUUUAGAACUUGUCCAGCUUUUCAAAAUUGCUCUCUCUAUAAAAGCCUAGAUUUCUUUGACCUCUCUCAUUGUUUUACACUAUCUUGCUAAUCGUUCCGAGACCUUUUCUUCAUAAAAAACUUUUUAAAUUUUACUUCAAAAAAGUCAAACUUUUAGUUUUUCCUAAAUUUUGCUCUUCAUCUUUCUGUUUCCAACAACAUUUUCUGCCGAGAACCUUAGCUUUUUCUAUGUUUUCAGCAAAAAAAAAAGCAAAAACAAACAACAAACCACCUAAUUACCUAAUUAAGGGAAGAAGAAUAGAGUAGACAUUCUGAAAGAAAUAAAUCCCAUGACAUUUGAUAAUUCCUUUGAUUUUUCUUUCAAUUACGUAAAUUGUCUGUUGAAUCAUUUGUUUGUUUCGGUGACCAGAAAUGAGAGAAAUUGAAAAAUAAAUAAAAUGUUUCCUUUUCCAUCCAGAAUUCGAUUUUUUAUAAAAGGUAACCAGUUUCUGAAUGGUUGUAUUUUUUUUUUUUGGUUCAAUGGUCGAGCUGACAUUUUUAACAGCUGUUUGAACAACCUUUGCAAAACCUCUGAAAAAACAUCUGUGAAGAAAAAAGCUGGAAAAAUAGGUUCCAAUAAACUUUGAAUAAAUGAAACACCUGGAUGGAAUCAAUCAACUAUACUGGAUUUUUAUAAAACUUUUCUUCAAGAAAAAAGGGGUUCUGGAACGAUUAGCGAGUAGUGAGCCAAAACUAGAGGGUUUAGAGUUUUUCUCUGAUGAGCUUUCUAUCCAACUAAUAGUCUCAAAAUGUAGAAAAUUCAAAUUUCACGGUUCUAUCAAUUUUUUUGAGACCGAGCCAGUAGGAAUUUUUAGUAUAAUGAGCUUCUGAUAUUAGAAAAAGUCAGGGCCUUUUGAAAAACGCCGAAAAAUAGAAACAUUUUUAAUUUCUUCUUGUGAUCAUUAUCAUAAAAAAGUCACCUAUUUUGGCAACCAUUUUUUGUAUUUUAAAGCUUCAGUGGCCUCAAUAAAUCGAGCAAAAUAACGAAAAUCUGUUUACGUACCUUUAAAAGUUCAUUCAAGCUUUCCCAGACAAGUUUACUGAAUAAUCGGCUUAAGAGAUAUUUUGAGAUAUUUCCUGAGAAUCUAAACUUUGAUCCGGUGAUAUGAAUUAAGUGAUCGCUUCAAUUUCAGACUUUGGUCCGGUUUUCAAUCUUUACUGACUAGGGAACGUUUUUUAACCCCCGGUUGAACUUUCGCUGAAAUUUUGCUGAAGCCAGGACCCCCUGAUUCCAGAACAGAAAGAAAAUUUCUCGCAAUAGAUCUCGUUUUCGAGUUAGGACAAUUCAAAAGCCCGAAAUAGCGCUUUUUUGGCCUAAUUUGCGUAUUUUGCGCACUUUGAAGCUCCAUAACUCGGAAACAAGAUCUAUUGCAAGAAAUUUUUUUCUUGAUCUGCAAUCAGGAAGUGCUAAAGUAAACCUCAGUAAUGUUUCAGCAAAUGUUCAACCGGUAGGGGGGCGCGUAAAAAAAGUUCUCUGGUGAGUUUCUUUGAGUGGCAUUAAACUUUCUUCUCAUCCUGGAUCCAUUUCAGGAUUUCCCGAACGAGCGGUGCAAUAUCGAAGAGAACCGAAUUUUUCUGAUUUCUCCUGAAGGCCUAGGUCUGCUCCAGCUCAACCUGAUGGUCGUGACAAUGAGUGCCGGGGUGAUGAUAGCCGCUUUUGCGUUGCAUUCUUUCGUCGUUUUGAAUCGAUACAAUUUGCACCUGUCGGAGAAGACGAGAAAGUUGCAGAGGGGCUAUUUGAAGUCUCUUCUUGUCAUGGUGGGUUUCAACUUGAAUUUUUUUUUAGUUUAAAAAAAGUUUAAUAGCAUUGGGAAAGGUUCAAAACAAAAAAAGGCCUUUUUUUAAAUAAAGCGGUUGAAGGAAAAAACUGAAAAAAACUUUAAAUAUAUUUUUUUUUUUGUUUCUUUUUCCUUUUUUAAUCGAUUUAUAGCGUUUCAAAGCCUUCAAAAAGCCUCAUUUAUAUCUCCCUAUAAAUUUAAAAGUUCUAACAGUGAAUCUAAAAGAAAAACUUGCCUAAAAGUUUUUUUUUUCUGGUGGAGUCAGCUAUUGGCCAAUAAACAUUGAACAUAUCAAAAAUUUGUUUAUUUAUAAUUCUUUUUGAAACAUAAACCUGACGGUAAAUCGACUUUCGCGGCUAAAAAAAGCCAUCAGGGUAAAUCAAAUCAAAAAAAUGCGAAUUUUGAAGUUUAUAAUCAAGCCGCAGCGCGACCGCAACACCUUGAGCCAUUCCAAAUUCGGCUGGAGCGUUCAAAUUUAAAGAUUUUUUAAACAAAAAAAAAACGAGAUUCAGUUCAAGUUAAUUUAGAAUACGUUCUUUAUGGAACUUUGGAUCAGGGUGAACUCAUUAGAACUCUAAAAAGCUCAUAUAUAAAUAAAUAUUGUCUAAUUAAUAUUCAAAAUCGCUAUAGAAAGCUUCUAAUCGAACUAAAAAAUUCGACAAUAUUGUCCCAAUAGUUGCCCAGGAAUGCGAAGAAGCUUAAAGAAAGUUUUCUCGAGGUAUAUUGAAUUAUCGAGAAGAAAACUAGAUACUGAAAGAACACUUCCCAAAGAAAUCAUCGGAACAAAGUCCAGAAUAUCGUAAUCUGAGGUUCAAGAGUUCAAUGAUAAUCCCAGGAUACGUUUUCGUCAUUAAGAACUAUGAAAAAAAACAUUUUUUUUAUUAUAGUCGAUGUGCCACAAGUUGAAAUUUCAUGGAACGACACUCCACUGUUUCGAUUUGUGCGGUAGCGCGCAUCGUGCGAAUUUGCCAACCUCGGCCACGCUAAUUUGUUUGGUUUUAAUUCUAGUUUUAACCGUUUUUUAAUUGUUUUAUUUCUUUAAAAUGUAUUAUUAUCGUUGAAAAGGAUUGCGUUGUACAAAUUUAAACGAAAGAACACAGUAAAUUUCAUGAUUUUCUUCGAAAAGAGCGAUAAAAAGUGUGUUUUUGUUGAAGCCAUGUUUUAACGUUUUCAUCGUUUUUUUUUCUGUUUGUUGUAGUGGUCAAUGGAUUUUUCCAGAAAGAGAGUGGCUUAUAAAAUGAAGAUUAAAACCAAAAAAAUUAGCGUGGCCGAGGUUGGCAACUUCGCACGAUGCGCGUUACCGCACAAAUCGAAACAGCGGAGUGUCGUUCCAUGAAAUUUCAACUUGUGCCACAUCGACUAUAUUAAAGGUUAUAACCUAUGACUCAUAGGUUAUGAGGGAUUCGAUCUCACGUGACGUUGAAAGUGAAAAAAAUUUGUGACUAGCGAAAUUUUUUCAGAAAUUUUCCCACUAUUUUAAAAAAUCCUACACACUUUUCAAAAGUUAUACUUACUCCAAGCUCCGAAAAUUGCCUAGGUUACUGUAGUAUUCGGUGAUCGUUCCAAGACCUGUUUCGAAAACGUUCAGGGUUUUUAGGUUGGGACACGUUAGCGAUGAAGAAAAUGUCAAAAAUUGACGAAACCCUUCUUAUAAAAAUCUCAUUUUUUUCACAACCUCAAAAUAUCGAAAAAAAAAACCUUUAAUUAUAUUUCCUUUUUAUUGUUUUUUACUCGAAAAACUUUCAACCUCUUUUUUUCUCUCUUAAUUCUGAGCGAGAGUUCUUUCCAGGGAAGGAAAAAGUUUCAAAGAAUUUGUUCCCCUUCAUUGAGUACAUCGAAGAGAAGCAGGAAGGAAGAAGAGGCUAAGAUGUCGGGUUUUAUUAAAUUUGGGUGCACUCUUUGGACUUUCAAAGUAAUGACAUCAUCUUUUGAGAAUUAUACGGCUACUGGAUACUUCCUUUUUAAUUCAAACAAGAUUCUAAGUUAAGUUUGGAUCACGGAGGGAGAAUUUUAAAAUUUUCAAGCUCAAUAAGUUUAUGGAAACGCUUUUAAAUUUAUCAUAAAACUUGAAUAAUUGGUUAUUUUCCAGGUAAUAACUCCAAUACUCGUAUUAUUAUUUCCCGCCAUCGCCCUCACGAUUGUGUGUACCUGGGGCGAUUGCCAUAAUUCAGGUAUUUCACCUAUUUUUAUCAGAAAAGAGAGAUUUUUUAAAGGUAGAACUGGAAAAGUGUUAUGAGGUUUAAAAAAAACUAAAAUUUCUGAAUAAACUCUAGAUGUCUAUGAAAUCUCGUUUCAAAAUUUAAAAUUAACAGAAGAAUUCUGAGAGAUUUUCAUAACUUUUUGAUCAUUUUAUUCAAACUUCUACAAAUUUUUCAAUAACCCAUUUGAAAAUGAAAAACUGGCCACAUUUCUUUGAAAAUUUGCACAUGGCGGUUAGCCUUUAUUUCUGAUUCAAUUUUUUUAUAAGCCUAAUACCUUGCAGCAAUCGUGGAAAUCUUCGUAACCAUCGCAGCUUCGUUGUUUUCUGCUUUCGGAGCCAUUACUUCAGUUCUUCUCAUCGUGGUUCACAAACAAUUUCGGUCAUUUUUCUCCAAACCGGCUUCGGCCGACUCUCCAACACGUUAGUUUCUUGAAAUAAUUCUUUUUUUAUCAGGAAACUUUUCAGAAACGCAGUUCCAAUUGAGGGUAUCUACGACGUUUCAUAGUCGGAAACCGGGUCUCUUCAAUUGA